AUGGCGAUGUAUAAAAAGGAAGAUCCAUGCAGGAGUCCAACCAUCAAACUCAUCGCAUUCAACAAGCAAGAAAAAUCAAAGCAUCAGCAGGCAAAAAUGGCACCAGGUUUUCGGUUGUUCCCGCUUCUACUCACGCUGGUUUUAACCUCAUUGGAGCACACGGGAGCCUAUCCGACGAUUCCGCUCUCCAGCUUCUUCACAAACGCCGUGCUCAGAGCCCAGCACCUGCACCAGCUCGCCGCUGACAUUUACCGGGACUUCGAUGUGGAGCUCCUUCGGUUCUCUUUGGCUCUCAUCCAGUCUUGGAUCGGCCCCCUGGGCUCUCUGAGCCGCGUCUUCACCAACAGUCUCGUCUUCAGCACCUCCGAUCGACUAUUUGAGAAGCUGAAGGACCUCGAGGAAGGCAUCAUGGUCCUCUUAAAGGAACUCGAAGACGCGGGUUUCAGAGGCUCCCCUUUGCUCCGACUCACCUACGACAAAUUUGACGUCAACCUCCGGAGCGACGAUUCUUUGAUGAAAAAUUAUGGGCUGCUGGCUUGUUUCAAGAAAGACAUGCACAAAGUGGAGACGUACCUGAAGCUCAUGAAGUGCCGGCGCUUUGUCGAGAGUAACUGCACGCUGUAG